AGUCAGUGUUUCGCCACUCAAAGCUCUUGCAGCUGGUCACUUCAGGCUCCUGGGACUUUGACUCGCCUGACCGUCGAGCUCCUGGCCAGGGGUGUCCGGGGAUGCCGCUCUGACGCUUUCUACGAGGAGCUUAACCCGUCCUGCUGCCGCCCGGAUGGGACCGCCGGAGUGCUCUAAAGUCUGCCGUGAAUAUUGAAUUGCUGAGGAAUUUGGGGAAAGACAAGCUGAAGUUCCCAUUCCAUGGAUCCCUUGGGUGCACCUUCCCAGUUUGUGGAUGUGGAUACACUACCAAGCUGGGGCGACUCGUGGGAAGAUGAAUUAGAUACUUCUGAUACUGCAGCUGAAACGUUUCAGGAAAACACUAUUAGAUCACCUUUUCUUUACAAUAAGAAUAUCAAUGGGAAAGUGGUUCUUUGGAAAGGAGAUGUGGCAUUACUGAACUGUACAGCCAUUGUGAAUACCAGCAAUGAAAAUCUUACAGAUAAGAACCCUGUGUCAGAGAGUAUCUUCAUGCUUGCAGGGCCUGAUUUGAAGGAGGACCUCCAGAAACUUAAGGGUUGCCGGACAGGUGAAGCCAAAUUGACAAAAGGAUUUAAUCUAGCUGCCCGGUUCAUCAUUCACACGGUGGGACCUAAAUACAAGAGCCGCUACCGCACAGCUGCUGAGAGUUCCCUGUACAGCUGCUACAGAAACGUGCUUCAGCUGGCCAAAGAGCAAUCAAUGUCUUCUGUGGGAUUCUGUGUCAUCAAUUCUGCAAAACGAGGUUAUCCUUUAGAGGAUGCAACACACAUAGCACUUCGCACUGUAAGGAGAUUCCUAGAAAUUCAUGGGGAGACCAUUGAAAAAGUAGUAUUUGCUGUCUCUGAACUAGAAGAGGCUACUUACCAAAAGCUGCUACCUCUGUACUUCCCAAGGUCACUAAAGGAGGAAUGUCGAUCAUUGCCAUACCUACCUGCAGAUAUUGGAAAUGCAGAAGGGGAGCCUGUGGUACCUGAACGGCAGAUUAGAAUAAGUGAAAAACCUGGUGCCCCAGAGGACAGCCAAGAAGAGGAGGCUGAAGGCUUGGGAGUUGACCUCUCUUUCAUCGGCUCUCAUGCUUUUGCUCGAAUGGAAGGAGAUAUUGACAAGCAAAGAAGACUGAUCCUUCAGGGACAGUUAUCAGAGGCAGCCCUGCAGAAGCAGCAUCAAAGAAAUUAUAAUCGCUGGUUAUGUCAAGCAAGAUCUGAGGAUCUAUCUGAUAUUGCUUCUCUAAAAGCCUUAUACCAAACAGGUGUUGAUAACUGUGGUCGCACAGUGAUGGUGGUAGUUGGAAGAAACAUUCCUGUCACAUUAAUAGACAUGGACAAGGCUCUCUUAUAUUUUAUCCACGUAAUGGAUCACAUUGCUGUGAAGGAAUAUGUAUUAGUAUAUUUUCACACACUGACCAGCGAAUACAAUCACCUGGACUCUGACUUCCUGAAGAAACUCUAUGAUGUUGUUGAUGUCAAAUACAAGAGGAAUUUGAAGGCUGUUUAUUUCGUUCAUCCAACAUUUCGUUCAAAGGUAUCAACAUGGUUUUUUACCACCUUUUCUGUCUCAGGACUGAAGGACAAAAUCCACCAUGUGGACAGCCUCCACCAGCUAUUCUCUGCCAUAUCACCAGAACAGAUUGACUUUCCUCCUUUUGUCCUUGAAUAUGAUGCCAGGGAAAAUGGGCCUUACUAUACAUCUUAUCCCCCAUCACCAGAUUUGUGACCUGCCAUCUUUUAGUUCUACUGGUUUCCAAGGACGUCACUUUCUCCACGAAUCGCUACCUGUUGAAGUGAAAUUCAUUUUUGCUGUUCAGAUCCAGAGAGCCUUUUGUCCCCACCUCUCUGGUAUUUUUUUAUUGACUGUAUAUUUUCUGGCACAUAAGCAAUCUGACAAUAGUAGGCCAUUCUGAACUGCACACUUAUUUUAAAUUUGUAUAUUUGUAUCAAAUGAAAAUGUUCAUUUUUAGAGGGUUGUUAAUAGAAAUUGGGGAGCAACUUUUGAGUAUCUUCAGUUUCCUGAAAGGACACUGGAUUUUCCUUUAGACAAGCCGCCAAUAUUGUUCACGCCAUCUCUUUAACAUUGUAUGCUUCCUUUGUGUACUUAAGUGUUUCUCAAAAUAUAUAGAACCAAUGUAUGCUGACCAUAAGCAUUGUUUGCUUCAGAUCCUGGCAUUACAUUUUAUACAGAUAAUUCGGUUAUGGUAAAAUAGAAUUGUCUGGGAUCAAGGAUGUGGAGAUGUAUCUGAUCAAAACAUUGAAAUCAUUAGCAAAAUAUAGGUCUUAGAAUCUUA